AUGGUGAGAAUCCAGCGGCCCUCUGGAAGACCUAGUCCCAACCCCAGACCCAGUCCCAACCCCAGACCUAGUCCCAACCCCAGAACUAGUCCCAACCCCAGACCUAGUCCCAACCCCAGACCCAGUCCCAACCCCAGACCCAACCCUAGACCCAGUCCCAACUCCAGACCAAACCCCAGACGUAGUCCCGACCCCCCAGCCCACAGCCCCAACCCCAGACCCAGUCCCAACCCCAGUCCCAACCCCAGACGUAGUCCCGACCCCCAGCCCACAGCCCCAACCCCAGACCCAGUCCCAACCCCAGUCCCAACCCCAGACGUAGUCCCGACCCCCAGCCCACAGCCCCAACCCCAGACCCAGUCCCAACCCCAGACCCAACCCCAGACCCCCAACCCCAGACCCAGUCCCAACCCCAGUCCCAACCCCAGACGUAGUCCCAGACCCCACCCCACCCCAGACCAGUCCCACAGCCCCAACCCCAGACCCAGUCCCAACCCCAGUCCCAACCCCAGACAGUCCCAGUCCCAGACCCCCCAGUCCCACAGCCCCAACCCCAGACCCAACCCCAGACCCAGUCCCAACCCCAGACCCAACCCCAGACGUAGUCCCGACCCCCAGCCCACAGCCCCAACCCCAGACCCAACCCCAGACCCAGUCCCAACCCCAGACCCAACCCCAGACGUAGUCCCGACCCCCAGCCCACAGCCCCAACCCCAGACCCAACCCCAGACCCAGUCCCAACCCCAGACCCAACCCCAGACGUAG